GCAGUUUCUUGCAUUGCUAAAAUCUCUCUCCCCUUCCCUUGCCGUCGAGACGAAGAACCCGCUUUCUCUGAAACCGUAAUCUCACGUAUACAAAACGGACUAAGAUUUUUGCAAUCGAAGAUGGAGAUCGAUUCCGUCGCAGCUGGUUCUUGUUCCAAGGAGAAUCAAAUGAUCUACAAGGAAUGGUUCGAAUUCGCCGAUUCAGACGGCGACGGCCGCAUCACUGGUAACGAUGCGAUCAAAUUCUUCUCUAUGUCGAAUUUGCCUCGACCUGAGUUGAAACAGGUCUGGGCAAUUGCAGAUGCAAAGAGACAGGGGUAUCUUGGUUUCAAAGAGUUUAUUGUUGCUAUGCAGCUCGUUUCGUUGGCUCAGACUGGACAUGAAAUAUCGCAUGAAGUUCUUCAUAGCGACGUUGAUUUCAAAAAUAUGAAUCCUCCUGUCAUGGAAGGUCUGGGUGUAUUAAUGGCGAAGAAGAAGCAUUCUUCAAAGUCGAGUGAUCCUAAUGUGAAUGGUAGUCCCGCUGCAGAUACAUCACUUACAGCUCAUUGGUUCUCUUCAAAAUCUUCAAAAAAGAUUUCUCUGUCCUCCGUAACAUCUAUAGUCGAUGGCCUGAAGAGGUUAUACAUUCAGAAGCUGAAGCCACUUGAAGUUGCUUAUCGGUUCAACGAUUUUGUAUCCCCUUUGUUGACGAACAGUGAUUUCGAUGCAAAACCUAUGGUAAUGCUUCUGGGUCAGUACUCCACAGGAAAAACAACAUUCAUUAAGCAUUUGCUUAAAGCUAGUUAUCCAGGCAAGUUGUCCAGCUUAUCCUCUCUACUUCGCCUUCUGGGACCUAUUGAGCUCAUAUUGGACCAGAACCAACAACUGACAGAUUUGUCGUUGUCAUGGUAUGUUAAUUUGUAUUUCUUCAUGGUUUCAUUUCUAGAUAACUUAAAUUUCACUUCUCAUGAUGGGUGUCUUCAAUCUGUUAAUUGUGUUUCACAGUCUGGACCUGAUGAAAGAAGCAUUCCGGGGAACACAGUAGCAGUUCAAGCAGAUAUGCCAUUCAGUGGUCUUACAACUUUUGGGACUGCCUUUUUGUCGAAGUUUGAAUGCUCUCAGAUGCCUCACCCUCUGCUGGAGCACGUAACAUUUGUCGACACUCCUGGAGUUUUAUCAGGGGAAAAACAACGGACACAGCGAGCAUAUGAAUUCACUGGUGUUACAUCAUGGUUUGCCUCUAAGUGCGAUCUCAUCCUCCUCCUAUUCGAUCCACACAAGCUGGAUGUAAGCGAUGAGUUCAAGCGUGUUAUUUCAUCUUUACGCGGUCAUGAUGACAAGAUCCGCGUUGUUCUGAAUAAGGCUGACCAAGUUGACACUCAGCAGGUUGACGCCUCAAUCUCUAAUGAGGGUAUAUGGAGCUCUCAUGUGGUCACUUGGGAAAGUUCUCAAUACUCCCGAGGUUGUCCGUGUCUACAUUGGAUAAACGAGUUUGUGAAACGGGCAAGAGCUGCAAAGAUACAUGCAUACAUCAUCAGCCAUUUAAAGAAGGAGAUGCCAGCCAUAAUGGGAAAAGCCAAAGCUCAACAGAAACUGAUAGAUAACUUGGAAGACGUCUUUGGAAAGGUGCAAAGAGAGCAUCAUUUACCAAAAGGAGAUUUCCCAAAUGUGGAUCAUUUCAGGGAGGUGCUAAGUGGUUACAACAUCGACAAGUUUGAGAAGCUAAAGCCGAAAAUGUUGCAGACUGUUGAUGAUAUGUUGGGGUAUGACAUUCCAGAGCUCUUGAAAAGUUUCAGAAACCCUUAUGAUUAA